AUGGCACACGUCGCGGAAAAGACGUCGGCGGACUCUUCAGGUCCAACUGAUCAGCUCUUGAGCGGGAAAUUGGGUGGCGGGUUAUGGGAACACUAUAAGAAAAUUGUCAUGGAGGAGGGGGCCGACUUCAACGAACUGUCCGAUACUUCCAUGAACGGCGUCCUUACCUUCGCCGGUCUCUUCGCUGCAACGCUUGCGGCGUUUUUAGCUGAGACUUAUAAAUCGCUUUCGCCCGAUUCAGAUGAGUCUGCAGGCGCGACGUCCUCAGCAGUCGUGGUAAACACGCUAUGGGUGGUGGCCCUAGUCAUCUCGCUGCUAUGCGCGCUCUUGGCGACGCUGAUUCAAGACUGGACGAAGACUUUCCUCAGAGUCCAGGCUCACCCGACGGCGGCGACUCUGGAGCAACAGUGCCUCGAACACAUGUCGGUGCAUAUGGGCGCGCAACGCUACGGCCUACCAUAUGCCCCCAGACUUGUCGUCGGCUUCUUGCACGCGGCCGUUGUUCUCUUUCUGGCAGGGAUAGUGGUCUUCUUUUGGGAUCUGAACCCCGCUCCAGCUCGCGCAGCUCUCGGCGUGGCGGGGAGUUCUCUCUUCGUUUACGCCGUCGCAAGCGGCUUGCCCCUGUUCGACGCCUCAUGCCCCUUCCGCACUCCCUUGACGGACGUCUACGUCUUCUUAAUCACGCUCGCGACUGUCGUCAUCCCCGGAACCCUGUUUUACGGCUUUCUGCUCCUCGCCGCAGCGUGGCAGAGGAUCGCCAAAGGGCACCUUAACGCCAGCUUGCGCCGAAUGCUCAACCCCGUCAUGUUUGCAUCCCAGUUCAAGGACCCCUACACCGCUUCACGAGUGUACGAUGCGAUCAAGGACUACCACGCGCGGCGCAAGUCCGAGGAGCCUCCGCCCCUACUGCCCCUCGUCUUCGACGCCAUCAUGGGCAACGACCAAGCCAAAGAGUCGGCUGUGAACGCGCAGAAAGUAAGGUUCCUCUGGGAUCGGGUGGGACCCUACGCAAUGGAGAACCCAGAAGCUCUCCAGUACGUGGCAGGGGCGCUCAUCGACGGGUGGUCCCCUGCCAUCGACGACAUGCUUGUAGGGCUGUGUUACGACGCAGCCGAGUUGCCGAAGGUCGCCGCCGCCCUGGGAUCUGCCCGCACUACGUUCGCAGCGACGUCCAUGUUGCGACUGCUUCAGUUGCUCUUUCAAGCAGAGGACGCGAACGAUCGGGCCUUAAGGGCCACGGCGGGCCAGGGUGUCCGGUGGCAGGCAACUGAUGUAAUCGCGAACGCCUUUGCGGAAUUUGCUCGACAAUUAGAUGCGCUACGCCAGCUAGAGAUAGAGCAGCGAGACACAGAAGUGCUCGCCACACUAUCGAGUUUCCGGACCACACUCCUCCAGCUCUUGGCCCGUACAUCCCCGUCGCCCCGAGACGCGAAAGCGCGGACCCAGAUCUUGAGGAUAUUUGCCGAGUUGCAGCGCUACGAUGGAACUAAGCUUCGAAACGUUUCCGCUGACGACACUGAAGAGAUGAUGGACCUCUUCAGCCUUGGUCGUGGCGACGCCGUGGAGGUCGUCGUUGCGAAGCUCGCAUCUCGCAACUCCCUCACUCUCAUCGCCGGUGCCAAGGAGAGCGGUUGGGAGGGGGCUUGGGACGACCCUGACCGACGUUACCUGCGCCGGGCUGUUCCCGGCACGUUACGCUGGCGCGAGCUGUUCCCAGCCGCCACCCAGCGUGGGACUUCGGCCGCCUCUACCUUCUUCCGCGAUCUUCUCAAGGAAGUUGGUCUAGGCCAUUGGCUUUUGCCAGGGUCGACGUUUACCACUCCACCGCACACCUCGCUGAAGGCAGCGGCGGUCGUCACACUACGCGACAUAGCCAGCACAGUCGACUUUCGCCCUCUUAUUCAAGAAUCGCGUCGCCCAGACCAUGAAUUGACCAGCGCCUCGACCGCAGCCGAGGCGUAUGAGAUGCCUGGCUCUCCCAGGCUAGGCAAGGCCGAGGAAGGGACUCUAAGUUUGUCGCACGAUUAA